AUGGCAGAAAAGACACGUCUUACUACCGAAGAGUUUCUUAGUUUAUGGAACGAUGAUAAUAAUACACUCGCACCAGGAAUAAAAAUUGAUGUGGUUGAGUGUUUAGUGCAACAACGUUCAUCCCAAUAUUUGAUUGAUGCUAAAGAACGUGCGAUGAAAGUUAUGAAACUUGAUCAAUUUGAAGAUUCACAACAAGUUAAAAUUCUUGAUCUUGGAUGUGGUCUAGGUAUUGAUUUAAUCUUAGUUGCAGAAGAAGCUGUUCGCUUAGGCAAAACAGUUUCAAUUAUUGGUCUAGAAAUCAAUCCAAUUUUGAUAGAAGAAGCAAAGAAACUAUAUGAACUUAAAAAACAUUGUUUAACAUCAAAUGUAUCUAUUGAGAUUGUUCACGGUGAUAUUCGCCAAAUGGCAUUUCAUGAUAGAACUUUUGAUAUCGUUCGGUGUGAUCUCUGCCUUGAGCAUGUAGAUCUUUCAAAAGCUUUACUGGAAAUAAAGCGAGUAUUGAAAGUUAAUGGUCGAUUAAUAGCAUUAGAAGAUGGAGCUGGAAAUGUGUAUAGCUCUGAUGAAGUUUUGAUUAAAACAUAUGACUCUAUAUUAUCAAGCAGAAGAGACGGGGGAACUGCUAUUGGUUUACAAUUUAUGUUGCCAAACAUGGAUUUCGAUAUAAUAUGUUUAAUCCCCGAACCGUUUCUUCAAUCAGCUCAAGAAAUAACAAGGAACGAUAAAGAUUGGAUUAAAUUACGAGCACUGGGAGAAAGUAUGGUCACAAAAGGUGUCUUAACUGAAGAAGAAAAUAAAGAUUUUUGUAAACGUUUUAUUGAAGCAUGUGGAGCUAAUCGAAUAAUCGUUGCUGCUAUGCUUUUUGUUAUCGAAGCUGUGAAACAAAAAUAG